AAUCAAUUUAGUCGAAAAAGUAACGAAUAUAUUAUGAAUUACACCGUACUUGUAAUUAAACGUUGGUUUAAAGUAAAACCCCUAUGUUAAUUUGAAUCAAAUCGCUUAGGUAAUUUUUAUGGAAUGUAAGAACACAUGCGGGCUGAUGAUCUCCAAAGCAUGUGAUAACACAACGAUCUAUUCCAAUUCGUGUCCUCUGCAACACACUCAGAAUGGCAACACACAGAUGUCAUGCUUUAUGGUGAUUUUUUGUUUCUUCGACGAAAAACCGGAAAUUUCGGAUGAGUUCGUUAGCGAUAAGGUUUAAAAAAUCAGAAUACAAAUUAACCGUUGGAUUUUUUCUUGGUCUGAAGUUUUAGCUCUACUGGACGCGAUGUGAGAUUCAAGGUGUACGAGUUUUUUGUUAAAGUAAAUUUCGACCAUAGAACCAUUCCGUGGUGGGAUAAACGUGAUUCGAAACGUUCUUUCGCUUUUUUAAGUAUUCUAUUUUUUUUCAUUCUAGUUUUUGUAUUCUCUUUUUAGUGUGAUACCCUUAUCGUUCUUUCGUUUCAUCCUUACUUCUCAAAAUAUUUCUCGAAUAAUGUGUGUUUUUUUAAACAUAACAUUAAUGAUAAAUUAGUGCUGAAGAAUCCAAAUUUUUGAACAUUAAUACACAUGUAAAAUAUUCAUUAAAUAUAAUUUGUAAAGUUUUAAAAUGAUCGUAAUUUACCGUAGCAUAGUAAGUACACGACUCAAAGGCACAUGGCAUUAUGUUUGACUCACAUCUAAUUACCUUAAUUCAGACAAUGAGUAUCAAGUUGUGCUUGUAAUGCAAGAAAGGAUGGCAAUUUACCGUAAUUCAUCCAAUCAUGACGCUGCUUGCGUAUUGUUUUCAAAAAGUUUUCGAUACUGGGUGUUUUACAGAUACAGAUAGUUGCAAACAGAUAUAGAUCGGUUGAAUUUUCCAUAAUUUAUUCAAAUAUAAUACAAACACACACACAAACAUAUAGGGCACGCGAUAAGAACAUUUGCGCUAGAGAAUGUGUUUCACAAACAGCAUGAGAAAAUCUAACCGAACGAGCGUGGUAUAGAACCGGCAGAGAAGCAAAAAAAGAGUUCAUUUUACUACUCCCAACCACUGUUCCACUACUCUCCAGCAACUGUCACCCGUACGCGUCUGUUUAAGUGUGCGUAGUGUGUUACCACCUGUGUGAGCGUGUCGAUUAAAAACCUCGCGAAUCAUUCGGGCCUCCCGAGCACCCUCUACGAUCGCGCGCGCGCGUUCUUUGUGUUGCUCGAGGGGGUUGAUUCUCGCAGUCGAUGGGGUGGUGUGGGUCUUUUCUUUUUUUUUUGGUUGCCAUCCCGGCCAACCCCCACCACAAUCGCAACAUCACACACAUACAUACGCGCGCGCAUUGGACCGCGGUGAGAUGACACCACGCUCCGGUCCGGUGUAGCGCGCGGUUCCCGAUGGAGACGCACUGCGGCGUCGUGUCAGUGUCGAUCGUGUGUCGCACCGUACGACUGUGCAUUCGGCAGCGGAAUUUGCGCUACACGGAAACGGAACCCGAACAUGUGGCCAAUCAUUGUGAGCGGUACGGCGCUGCUGCUGUCGAUCGCAAUCUGGUGGACGGUGGCAAACUUUGGCAGUGCACUGCGGUACGCUGGCAAACUGGGCGGCCCGGUAGCGUACCCGCUGGUGGGCAAUGGGUUUCUGUUUAUCAACAAAACACCAGCCGAAUUCCUGCAACUGCUCGGCCGUCUGAUCGCACAGUACGGCAAAUGUUUGCGUGUUUGGCUCGGUACGCAGCUGAUCGUGCUCAUUACCGAUCCGAAGGACAUCGAGAUCCUUCUGAGCAGCCCAAAGUACAUCGAAAAGUCGAGCGAGUACGACUUUGUGCGGCCAUGGCUGGGCGAAGGUUUGCUGAUCAGCAGCGGGCGCAAAUGGCAGACGCACCGGAAGAUCAUUACCCCAACGUUUCACUUCAAAAUACUGGAAGAGUUUAUGGACAUCUUCGACCAGCAGGGCAACACGUUCGUCGACAUACUGCAUCUGUUUGCCAAGUCGGGCGAAACGUUCGAUGUGUUCCCGCUGGUGACGCUGUGCGCGCUGGACGUGAUAUGUGAAUCAGCCAUGGGCACUAAGGUGAAUGCGCAGAUGAACUCGGAAUCGGAAUACGUGAAGGCAGUUAAAGAGAUUACCAAUCUGAUACAGCUGCGUAUCUACGACUUUGUGAUACGGUACGAGUUCUUCUUCCGCCUGUCGGCCAACCGGCGAAGGCAACGGAAAGCCCUGGCCAUCCUGCACGGGUACACCGACAGUGUGAUCCGAACCAGACGCCAGGAACUGGAGAACGAACGUGGUGCCGGUCAGGAUGACGUGCCGGAGGAGGAUGUGCUUGGCCGUAAGAAGCGUAUGGCCUUUCUGGAUAUGUUGCUCCAGUCGACGGUCGAUGGGCGUCCGCUGAACGAUCUGGAGAUUCGCGAGGAGGUGGACACGUUCAUGUUCGAAGGGCACGAUACGACAACGUCCGCUAUUAGCUUUAUGCUCCACAGUUUGGCCCAAAACCCGGACGUCCAGGAGAAAGCGUUCAACGAGGUGCGCAAUAUCGUUGGCGAUGAUCGCAAACAGCCGGUUACUAUGGCGAUGCUGAACGAUAUGCACUACUUGGAUCUGGUGAUCAAAGAGACGCUUCGGCUGUACCCGUCGGUGCCACUGUUUGGAAGGAAAAUGUUGCAGAAUACGGAAAUUAAUGGUAAAAUAUUCCCCGCCGGCAGCAAUGUGAUAGUGCUGCCGUUCUUUAUGGGCCGCGAUCCGGACUGUUUUGCCAAUCCGGAGAAGUUCGAUCCGGAACGGUUCAACGUCGAGCGGUCGGCCGAGAAGACGAACCCUUACCAGUACAUUCCGUUUAGUGCUGGACCGCGGAACUGCAUUGGGCAGAAGUUUGCCGUAACGGAGCUGAAGAGUUUGGUUAGCAAGGUUUUGCGCAACUACGAGCUGCUUCCACCGGAACAGGUGCGCGAGGAAACGUUCAUUGCGGAGCUAAUCCUUCGCCCGGAGCACGGCAUACCGAUAAGAGUUAAGCAACGGGUAUACGGGCAACGUGCAACGUGCUGCAGCGUAACGCAAACAAAACAAAAAAACCUUACGAGGAUGGUGUACUCCACGCUAGCAGUCCUGCUGGCACUGGGAAGCCUGGCCGCGGUCUAUCUGUACCGGCGGUUUGGCGAGAUGCUGAAGCACACCGGCAAACUCGGUGGUCCACCGGCCUAUCCGAUCCUCGGGAAUGGGUUGAUGUUUCUCAACAAAUCGCCCGCUGAUUUUCUACGGAUCAUUGGGGAGUUGUUACAGCGGUACGGGGACUGCUUUCGCGUUUGGCUCGGUACCCAGCUGGUGAUCGUGAUGGGCGAUCCAAAGGAUAUUGAGGUACUGCUAAGCAGCCCGAAGUAUAUCGACAAAUCGACCGAGUACGACUUCAUCCGACCCUGGCUGGGCGAGGGUUUGCUCACAAGCCGUGGCCGCAAAUGGCACACCCACCGGAAGGUGAUCACGCCGACGUUUCACUUCAAAAUACUGGAACAGUUUGUGGAGAUAUUCGAUCGGCAGAGCAGCACGUUCAUCAAGGUGCUGGAACCGUUUGCCGCGUCGGGCAAAUCGUUCGACAUCUUCCCGCAGGUGACACUGUGCGCGUUGGAUGUGAUAUGUGAGUCAGCUAUGGGAACGAAGGUGAAUGCACAGAUCAACUCUACUUCCGACUAUGUGCUAGCAGUAAAGGAGAUCACGAAUCUCAUUCAGCUGAGAUUUUACGAUUUUCUCAUCCGGUAUGACAUUUUCUUCCGCCUAUCCGCGAACGCUCGCAAGCAAAGAAAGGUGCUGCAGGUGCUGCACAGCUACACGGAUAGUGUGAUCAAGGGCCGGCGUCAGCAGCUCGCAAGCAUACAGCAAAGUGGUGAACAGGAAGAGGCAAGCGAUCAGGAUCUGGGCAUCAAGAAGCGUAUGGCCUUUCUGGACAUGCUGCUCCAGUCGACGAUCGAUGGCCGCCCGCUGACCAAUCUCGAGAUACGCGAGGAGGUGGACACGUUCAUGUUCGAGGGGCACGAUACGACGACGUCUGCGAUAAGCUUUUUGCUGCACAGUUUGGCCCAAAACCCAACCAUACAGGAGAAAGUGUUUGACGAGGUGAGGAACGUGGUGGGCGAUGAUCGUACGCGUCCGGUCACCAUGGCGAUGCUGAACGAUAUGCACUAUCUGGAUCUGGUGAUCAAGGAGACGCUUCGGCUGUACCCGUCGGUGCCAAUGAUUGGCAGGAAGAUGCAGCAAACGGCCGAAAUCAAUGGAAAGAUCAUCCCAGCCGGUGCCAACCUGAUUAUUAUGCCAUUCUUUCUCGGCCGUGAGGCACGCUACUUCCCCGAGCCGGAGAAGUUCGAUCCGGAACGGUUCAACGUGGAACGAUCGGCCGAGAAGACGAACCCUUACCAGUACAUUCCGUUCAGUGCUGGACCGCGGAACUGCAUCGGGCAGAAGUUUGCCGUGGCUGAGCUGAAGAGUUUGGUUAGCAAAGUGUUGCGCCAUUACGAGAUUUUACCACCGACCGGGAAGCAGGACGAAUCGUUCAUUGCGGAACUAAUCCUGCGACCGGAGCAUGGUGUGUUUGUGCGGUUGAAGCCACGGGCGUACUAGGGAGGGGAAGACAUAAUCUCCGUAUGUGAUAUGUACAGCUGAGGGAAGUUGUUGAUGUGAUAAAAAAGCUUUUGAUUUGAUUGUUACUGUUGCAUUUUGUGGUGCAAAUAGAGGAAGGGUAAACAUGUUAAUAAAGUUUUAAAAUUCAUUGUUUAUUGUUAUUGUAAAUAAAUAUGGAAAAAUAUCAUUUUUAAUCAAAAAA